UUCAAAUUGUGUACAAAGAAAGAAAGAACAAGAGAGACCAAAGAUAAGAUGAGGUACCAUUCUUUCUUAUUAAGAAGCCCAAAGAAGGAAGAGCAACAGGUGCCGGACAGCAUCAAUAAUUCCGGUGAAGAAUUCUCUGACACUACCACUACUACUACUACCACCACCAAAUUAGAUGAUGCUUUUGACACCAAUGGAGAUGAUCAUGUGGUUGAUAUCAUGGAUGACUGGGAGCGCAUUUUGGGCAUUGAAGAAGAGGAAGAUGGAAAAUUACCGAGCGAAAACAUGUACGGCGGUCACAAGCUUAAUUGGGAUUUUAUGGAUUGGGAUGAGUUUCCUAAAGGAGAAGAAGAUAGGUGCUUUUGUGAAGAUGAAAGCUACUAUGAAAGAAAGGUUUUAAAAAGUGAGAGUGUUGCGUUUUGGGAUGAGGAUGAUGAGAAGAGGGUGCAUUUGAAAUUGAAUUUGAAUUAUCAAGAGGUGUUGGAUGCUUGGUCUGAUCGUGGUCCUCUUUGGGCAGAUGAUUGUUCACGUUCUUCCAUGGCUAGCAAUGGCAAUUAUAUGGGAGAAGUGCCAAUAAUGGAAGAAGAUAGAACAAGAAGGGAGGCAAGCGUUCUAAGGUACAGAGAGAAGCGCCAGUCUAGACUUUUCUCCAAGAAGAUAAGGUACCAAGUCCGCAAACUCAACGCAGAUAAAAGACCCAGACUCAAGGGUCGAUUUGUGAAGAGGUGUGAUUCGUGACGCGAUGACUAAAAAGAUAGCUCGAAAGAUCUCAACAAAUAUCUCACUCCAAUAUCCAUGGACUUUUUGCUUGCAUGUGUUUGGGUUUGUCGCAUGAAAAUAUCUCUAAUUUAACUAAAAAGUAAUUGAAAAUAUCUAUUUUUUUAGGAGGACCAAUUUUGGUUAACUCCAAAACAUUCUCUGUUUCUGGGGCCUACUUAUCACCAAAAUUGAAAUGAUAUGUGGUAAGGCCCAUCUUGUAGAAAAUGCCUAUCUCCUUUUCCAUACUUGAUAGUCUUGUAAUUAUAGUGAUGGGAAUUGGACGGCAGCAUCGC